AUGGCAGUAGUUGCUAAAACAGCCACCCAAAAUCACGUUAAACUUAUAAAGUCAAACCAAGAUUAUGUUACUGGUAUGGAAACUUGUAAAUUUGCAUAUAAAUGGAUAAUUAAUAACGUCGAAUGUGACCAGAAAAAAAUUAAAUCACCGAAAUUUUCAUCUCAUUAUUCUGACUUCAACGAUGAAUGGAUUUUAGAGAUGGAUCCGGAUGCAGUGCUAUACUCCGAUGGUCAUUGGAUAUGUGAAAAAUUUGUUUCAAUACAGUUGCAAUCUACAAAAUUCAAUAGUUUCAAUGAUACUUCACAAUUUCAAACAGAAUGUGAAAUAAUUGUAGAUGAUGAUAUAAACUUGGAAAAACUUUUGUUAAAUAAAAAAUUAGCUGAUGUUACCAUUCAAGUGGGUCAAAAAUCAUUUCGUGCGAUUAAAAGCAUUCUUGCAGUACGUAGUCCUGUUUUUGCUGCAAUUUUUGAUCAUGAACAAUUCAAAGGAAAUGAAAAGAACGAAGUUGUCAUUGAAGAUAUUGAUGAAGAUGUUUUUAAAGAAUUUUUACAUUAUAUUUAUACUGGUGAAACACCAAAUAUUGACAAAAUGCCGAUUGAAUUAUUUGCCGUUGCUGAAAAAUAUCAGGUUGAUUGUUUAAAAAAUAUUUGUAAAGAAAUAAUCGCAUAUUUUUUAUUGAUACAUAUGGAUAAUUUACCAAGUGACCAUAAUGCUGAUUUAAAAAAUUUAAAAGAACACAAAGAAUUCAUAAAUGUUGUUGGACUUAUUGAUUAA